AUGUAUAUAAUAUAUAAUAAUUUGACGGACGAGUUUAAGAAUUAUCGCAAAUUGAAUAAGUCACAACUUCCACCCAGAAAGCAAAGGAUCACAGAAGCAAUUAGAAAUAACAAUUUCGAGGAUAUUAGAUCACUUUUGAACAUUCAUUACAUAGACGAGGAGAGAACUAAGUGUGAUAUCUGUGGACAUUUGUUUAAAUCGGGACUUUUCAAGUCCAGAUAUAAAUUCUCCUGUCAACUGUGUAACGAAACUUUUUGCAGCGAAUGUCACUACCGAUUAACACUUUUCAAGGGCACGGAAUUUCAAAAGCCAAUCACAGUUUCAUCUUGUAAAGAAUGCUUCAUUUAUUAUCGCAGUUUGAUGUUGAUUUUGGAGGAGGACGUACCUGAAGAUAAUUCACUGAACAUUUUUAACUUGUAUUCUGACGUUUUGGCGAUUUAUAAAGAUCUAAACACAAAACUUUUACAACUCAGAGGCUACCUCAAACUCCUAAACAUACACAGCUCUCUCAACGAGAGAUUACCUGAGGGAACGAGGAAUGCAAUAAUAAAAUUAUUAACGGAGACGGCAAAUAGUAAGAAGAAACUUUCAAAUAUAAAGUCAGAGCUUAAAAAUUUUAAGGGAGCGGUGUCAAUCACAACGUCCCAUAUCAUCAAGUCACUCAACACGCUUUUAACCACUAUUCUCUACAAAAUCGUACCCGAAUUCAACGGAGUUAAAAAUAAAUUAGCAAUCUUCGAACAUUACAACUGA